AUGUCAAGGGUAAACGGAGGAAAAUUGAAAAUGUUUGCCAUGAAUUGAACGUGGGUGGGGGAAGAAAAAAACUCAAAAAACAACAGAUCUAAAAGUAUGUUAGCUUUAGCUGAAGACAAAGUAAAGAAAUUAAAAAGAGAGUUUGAAGAAAUAAAAGAUGAUGACUUAAUUGAUGAUAAAAAAGAUAUCCCAUUGAUGAAAUCAGAUACAAGCAAGCUAUAUGAAAGCUACAUGAGGAAAAAAAUCUUUGAAAGAUCAAUGAAAAGAAAAGGAACUUUAGCGAAUUUAUAUGGAAAUAAAAGUGAAGAGAAAAGAAAAAUAUUAAGAAAGUACAGCAGCGCUUGGUAUUUGCUUCCGAAAAAUUGGAAAGGCCAGACGCUAAAUGGCAAUGAAGAAGGCUCUAAAACUGAAAGAAGAUUUGCCAAUGAAAACUGAAACACUCAAGACAGGGAUACUGAUCAAAAUUCAGGAAGUGAUUUUCACGAGAGAUACCGAACAGCUCAGACUCAAAUAGAAAAACUGGAAACUGCCAAAAAUUAUGCCAAAUAUCUAAUAGCUCACAAGCUGCAGCUUCCCAACUACUUAAAGCCAGUUUGUCAAAAAUACCAAUUAGGAUCACAAAAUGAGAAGCUUCCAGCAUUGUCUAAUGUAAGAUAA